AUAUAAGUGUUAUAUACUCAAGUAUUGGCUAGGUUAAACGAUAAGCUUAAGCUUUUAAGCGGGCAUCUGACGUUGCUUUAACUCUUUACUUUCAUCAAGUAUUUGAAAUUCUUUCACUAGUCUGAGGCGUUAUCAUACAGAAUACGCAUCAUUUUCGAUGGCAGCUAGGUACCAGGCGAGAGAGCUAGGAGAAAAGGAGGUGCGGCUUAGAUUGGAAGAAGAGUUCAGCACCUUAUCUGUCUCUGAAGCUUAUCACAAAUGUUUAGUUAUCGUCAACAAAGGAAAAGAAGAAAGCAGGAAAAGAGAUUCACGCAAUAUUGCAACCAUUCGGAUGAACAGUCUAAAGCUUACAGAACUUUCUUCACCAGUUAGAAUUAUGGAUUUUGGGGGAGGUAUAGGAACCCCAAUGGCAGCCAUAUGUAAAAGGCUUAAAGAACUCAACAAAGAUGCCAUCGUCAGCGUGGAAGAACCUCAUGAAGAGUCCCUGCAGAAAUACAAGAAAUGCAUUGAGAACUUGGAUAAUGCAACUCUGGAUGUGGCCUACUCUGGACGGUUCCAGGAUUACUUCGGGAAGUCUGUGGAAGAGCUGAGGUCCAUUGGAGCGUAUCCCGAAGAAUUGCAGGACAGGGUGCUUGCUAUUCAAUCUAUGUAUCAUCUCACAAAGUGGUUUGAUCCCUCCUCUGAUCCGUAUGAAGAAAUCAGGCGAGCUGUCUUUGCCAUGUAUACCAUCCUCAAGCCAGGGGGGAUGAUGUUAAUGCAGUUGGAUAGUGGGGACAACGCUUUUAUGUGGAACACCACUGUGCACUGUUUUGAAAUUCUUUUUCCUAAUGAUGUCAUUAAUCUAAAGAAGAUAGAUGAGGCUAGGCGGUCAUUGCUAUUUCAAGGCAAAAUUGUGAAUAUGCUGAACGAAUCAUUUCCAAAAUUUAAAGCUUCAAUAAGUCACGAGGAGGGGAGGUGUGAUUUUGUGCUUCCUUCACUUGCAGAGAUAGGGGUCUCAUCCUUCUUUACCUAUUUUGACGGUCGGACAGGAGACACCUCCAAAUUUGACCAUCGUAUGUUGUCAUUCUGCAUGAACUUCGUCCAGAGAGAAGGCAGCAAGUACGGCCUUUCCCAAGAAGGGGAUGGAAUGUGGCGGUUGUUAAAUGUUACACACUUUAUUACUAUUAAGAAAGAAAAACAGAUUUAAAACCCCUCCUCAACUUCCUUCUAGCAAAUGGAGGCAAACGAGUACUGUGGAUUUAUGCUACCUUCCCUGGCCGAGGCCGAAGCCUGUAUGUCUUUACUAUGUACGGCAAAGAACGAACAGGAGACACGUCAAAGUUUAACCCUCGUAUGGUGUCACGGCCUCGACAUGAACUAAAUAGUCAUUGUAUAUUCAGUUUGACUAAUAUCCUGGUAUAACUACAUAUUGCUUAAUUUUGUUAUGCAAUAAACUUAAAUACAUAGUUUAGUGACAAAUGAUACUAGAAUAAGUGUGAUACUAGUAUAAGUGUAGACGGAAUUUCAAUUUUUUUAGGUUAAAUUUUACUGUUAAUAGGGGAAAACCAUCAGCACAUCCUAAUAAUCUUCCUCCUUAAAUUAUGAAUAUGCUGAACGAAUCAUUUCCAAAAUUUAAUUUUAUAUUUUGAAUUUUAUAUUUUAUAAUUUUGAAUAUUCAUAAAAUUGUGAAUAUGCUGAACGAAUCAUUUCCAAAAUUUAAAGCUUCAAUAAGUCACGAGGAGGGAGAAGGAGGGGAGGUGUGAUUUUGUGCUUCCUUCACUUGCAGAGAUAGGGGUCUCAUCCUUCUUUACCUAUUUUGACGGUCGGACAGGAGACACCUCCAAAUAUGCUGAACGAAUCAUUUCCAAAAUUUAAAGCUUCAAUAAGUCACGAGGAGGGGAGGUGUGAUUUUGUGCUUCCUUCACUUGCAGAGAUAGGGGUCUCAUCCUUCUUUACCUAUUUUGACGGUCGGACAGGAGACACCUCCAAAUUUGACCAUCGUAUGUUGUCAUUCUGCAUGAACUUCGUCCCGAGAGAAGGCAGCAAGUACAGCCUUUCCCAAGAAGGGGAUGGAAUGUGGCGGUUGUUAAAUGUUACACACUUUAUUACUAUUAAGAAAGAAAAACAGAUUUAAAACCCCUCCUCAAGUUUAUGCAGAAAAACGAAGUUCAUGCAGAAUGACAACAU